CAGACAGACCCAAGAAUCACACUCUGCUCUCCUCUGUUGCGCUGCUUUGCUUCUCUCCAUUGGAUAUUCCUCCCUGGGUGUUUUUUUUUUUUUUAUUUUAUUUUUUUGUGAAUGGGCAUCUGUGCCCAGUGUGAGGAGCUUGUGAAUGGACUGACUGCUUGGCUGACUGACUGACAGACGGGCAAAGAGAGAGGCAGCUGUGUUUCAAUUAAAGAGAGCAAUGCUGAGAGGUCAAGUGAGGAGCAACAGAGCCUCUUAGUAGUCUGGAAAUACAAAGACACGUGAGGGGAAUCGAGAAAACUCAAGAGACAGCGAGAGGAGAAUGGUUCAUCACAGAGAAGAGGACCUAAUUGGGAUCCCAUUCCCAAAUCACAGCAGCGAUGUCCUCUGCAGCCUCAACGAGCAGCGUCGUGACGGGCUGCUCUGCGAUGUCAUCCUCAUCGUCCGCGACCAGGAGUACCGCACCCACCGCUCCGUCCUGGCUGCCUGCAGUCAGUACUUCAAGAAGCUCUUCACAGUGGCCACCACUGACGGUGGCGAUCACCAUCACGCCGCGGCCGUGUACGAAAUUGACUUUGUAGCUCCGGAGUCUCUGACAGCCAUCCUGGAGUUUGCCUACACUUCUACUCUGACAGUGACGGCGUCCAACGUUAAAGAGAUCCUGAACGCAGCUCAGAUGCUGGAGAUUCCCUGCAUCAUUAACGUUUGCAUGGAGAUCAUGGACAGCGGGGAUGGAGGUGGUGGAGGCGGAGGAGGGAGAGAAGAGGAAGGAGAAGAAGAUGAAGAGGAGGAGGAGGAAGAUGAGGAGGAGGAAGAAGAAGAGGAGGAUGAAGAGGAGGAUGGUGGGUCAAGAAAGGAUGAGCAGGAGGAGGAGGAGGACAACGUCAGUGAAAGGUCCAUGCAGUCGUCGGAGAGCAGGGGAGAACACACGCCUCCGGGGACGGAGGGUUCGCCGCCUCCGAGCACUUCAACAUAUCACCAACAGUUUGACCUGCACAGACAGUCGUCCAAGUCACAGUCUCCAAAUGCCACGAGAGGAAAACAGGAAAGUAUGGAGAGUCGAGCUCUGAAGGAUUUCUCCAUUGAAUCUCUCCUCCAGGAAGGGCUGUACCCCCGUAUGUCAACACUGGAUCGGAGGGCCAACUUCUCUCCUCUCCUCCCAGGCUUCUACCCCUCCAUGUGGGCUGCCGAGUUUCCAGCCUUCCCUCAGCAGCUCCUGGACCCCGGCCACCAUCAGCAUCCUCACGCAGGAGCCUCGCCGCAAACCAGGCUCCCUCACACCUUCCCUUCCUCUGCACCACUCGAGGCCUCCAGGCCCCUCGAUCUAGCUGUGAAAAGAGAGAUCAUAAAGGAGGAGAUGAAGGAGGAAAUGCCGCCCAGUCUGCUCCAAGGUGACUUCCUGAAGGAGUUUGUCAGCUCAGGUCUGGGCAGCACCAUGAACGCUGGGUCAGUGCCAUCAGAAGGUCACUCGCUGGGUCCGAUUAAGGAUGAGGCAGACUUCCGGUCGUACCUGAGCUUCCUGAGCUCUGCGUCCCAUCUGGGUGCGCUGUUCCCUCCCUGGCAGCUGGAGGAGGAGAGGAAGAUGAAGCCCAAAGCAUCGCAGCAGUGUCCGAUCUGCAACAAAGUCAUUCAAGGUGCUGGGAAACUGCCGCGACACAUGAGGACACACACAGGAGAAAAACCGUACAUGUGCACUAUCUGUGAAGUACGAUUCACCAGACAAGACAAACUCAAGAUCCACAUGCGAAAGCACACAGGUGAGCGCCCCUACAUCUGCCUUCACUGCAACUCCAAGUUCGUCCACAACUACGACCUGAAGAACCACCUGCGCAUCCACACGGGCGUCCGUCCUUACCAGUGCGAGCACUGCUACAAAAGUUUCACACGGUCCGACCACCUACAUCGACACAUCAAGAGGCAGAGCUGCCGCAUCUCCCGCCCCCGGCGAGGACGAAAGCCAGCUGCUUGGCGUUCCACACCUACCAGCAACUUCCUGUGCCCCCCUGCUGCUGCAACCAACCGGUUUGAGGAGAACGGGUUAAGCCCUGCAGCAUACCAGGGGGUCAAGAGUCACGGACUUGGGGAGUUGCUCAGCCUCGGCAACAGGGGUCUGGGAUUUAAGAGCGUGGACGGUGUGGGCAGGGAGAGCAGGGAGGAACGGCGAGCAGAGGGGAAGCACGUCGCAGAGGAGGAGAAGGCAGGAGCAGGGAGGCAGAGGGGAGUGUUUGCCUUUGCGCUGGCUGGAGAAGAAGUGCUUACCCACUCUCCAUUUUAUGCUCCGAGCUCUGACCCCUGGACCAUGAGACUGGAGCGUGCUCCACCCAUCUCCGAGCCGGCCAAAUGAACUCUGUAGAAGUGAGAGGGAAGAAAAAAAAGACAAGAAAAUCUCUUUAAUCUCUGUGUCUGUUCUGCUCCAGGAAGCUAAAGCACCUUUUUAAAAAGUGAAAGAGUGACAUUAAUGAACAUUUUGAAGCCUGCUGAUGUGGCAGUGGUAAAACAGACAUUUAAAAAAAAGACAACUGUCCAAUUAAAUAAUUACAUUAAACUAUUGUUUUAGCCCUGAGAAUGUUUACAAAUACUUUCAUAGCAUUUAAGAAGAGGCCAACAAUUUGACACUGCAAUUGAAGAAAACAUAUCGGAGUGUUGUUUUAUAUAAAUGUUUUGCAUUGUUUAUCUAAAAAGCUGUAAAGUGAUUAAUUCUAAUUUCUGUGUAAUUCAUCUGAAGUAAAAUGAGGCUUUUGAAAUUAAAUGCAAUAAAAUCUAUAUUCAGAGCAGCAGGGCCUCUCAGCUGUUACAGUUCUGAAUUAGGGUCUAUGAUGAAUGUAAAACAUAUGUCAACAUGUAGAAAAACAAUCAAGACUUUAAUGUAUAAAAAUGGUAUUUGACCAGUUCAGUCUCAUCGUAAAAGGAAUUGAAGUAGACAUAAUUAAAACUUAACCGAAACAUAUAUUCACACAAUUCAGUGAUUUUUUUUUUAUUUUGAAUAGUUGUGUUUGUGUUGAAAACAACCAGUGCUCUACAAAAAAAAGCCAUUAAAAUGGUUGAAACGUUUGGUUAUUAUUUAAUAAUUUUCCAAAACAAUGGGAACCCACUUGAAGUCUAAAUCAGGAUAUUUGAUAAUGUGUUAUUUUUCUUCCACUGCCUUGUUCUGAUUUAAGCUCCUUGUCUGCACUAUUGUACAUAGACACAAACCUUUGGCCAUGGUGGUGUUAAUUACGGUUCCGUUGCUGAUGAUGUAAAAUAAUAAUAAUAAAAAAAAAUAAUAUCUAUAUUGCUCUUUAAUGACUUCCAUCCAAAGAUGUGUACUUUGAUAUUUCACAAACUUGAAAAAAGACUUUGUUUUAAUGUUUAUGAAUAUGUGUCUUCAGAGGAUGUAUAUUUCUGACUAAUCAAUUGCCGCUUUAGCUACACAGUAUGCUUGUGUUUUUUUUUUCUGCUGCAACAAAUCAAGAGGGUUUAAGCCCCAUUUUUCAUAUAAUGUUCAUCUUUGAUUUGUGUAUAAAGAAGUCAAAAAUUAUUUGAAUUGAAAUGGGAAAGUAUUUUCUUGCUAUUUAUGCGUAUUUAAAUGAAUGAGCCUUGGCUAUAUUUUGCAAAUCUUGUUUUAUAAAGACACUAAGUGUUGAACUUUG